AUCAAACCGUUUUCAAUUAUGCGAGAAAUAAACAAAAAACCCGUCUCAGACUGAAGCAUCUAAGUGCAAUGAAAUUUACUAAGAAAAAGCUUUGAUAAAUUCUACAAACCUGUUCGAUUAGUUGAAUUGAGAAUUAGUUCCGUUGAAAAUUCACACCGAGAUGUUAGGCGGUAUAACAUUUUUAUAUUUUAUAUUCGGGAUAUUAACAUCAAUUCAGGGACACGAGGAAUGCGGAAAACUGCUGGAAAGUCAGCUCUACGAUCGGAAUGAGAUAACGUCACCGGAUGAGUACACCUGGAUUGGGCGAGUGGGCUAUGAGAAUUCAGGUGAAGCCACCACCGAGUUUCAUUGUCUUGCGGUGCUGAUCAACCAGCGAUAUGCAAUUCUUCCCGCCCACUGUGUGCUAAACAUACCGAAGGCCGAUGCCUCAUUUAUAGUUUUUGGAGACUGGCGGGCACAAAGAAACUUUACUGACGGGGAUUGUCGCCAAGUGAAGGACUUAACCCAAUGCAGCAUAUCGCCACAGACUUUGGACAUUGAGGAACUGGUGGUGCAUCCCCAAUACAGAUCAGCUGCUACUCUGGAAGGCCUUAACUAUAAUAUCGCACUAGCCAAACUGCAGGGGAUCGUGGAGUUCUCGUACUUUGUGCAGCCCAUCUGUUUGCCACCCGCAGGUGACGAUAAGGACAAACAUAUUGGCCAGAGGUUGGAGCAGGCCGGAUUCUAUAGGCCAGAAGAUUUGGUUCAAGACUGGCGGGACCAAUUUCAGUUGAAGGAUUUAGUUAGUGAGUGGCGGGUCAAGAAACAGGUGCAAAUGGCCAGCCUGCAGUUCUGCAGUUCGAAAAUUUGGAACCGACCACUUUCCGAGAAUCAUAUGUGUUCGGUGGGCGAUACCGGAAACGAUUUUCUUUGGGGAUCGCCUCUGAUGGCCUUCGAGGUGUUCGACGGCAAGCCGAGGAACUUCUAUCUGGUGGGCAUAAAAAUCAGUUCCAUUGCGGGACCUAGUGAUGAUCUCGACUCAUCCCUGUUUACGCGCAUCCUACCAUUUAGGAGUUGGGUUUUGAAAAAUAUUAAAUCUAACUAAGAAACAACUGUAAACCCAAGGCAUUAUUUAGCUAGAAAUACAUUGAAACCAUCUCAACUGAA